AUGCCCAGAACGCUCCAGAUUAUCGUUGCUUUCACGAUCCUGAUGUUCCCGAUGUCGCUCUUCGCACAGCCUCAGCUCCCGGCUUGUCCAGAGGAUCGGGAUCAGGGGUUGUGGUCAUUUAUGGAUCGCUAUUUGCUCGCGCUUUAUGACAGCGAUCCGAGCAGCUAUUACUUCAUCUUGGAAGAUGAGUCGCGUCUGGAUGAGCUCGCCGAUGUUUCCGCCGCGGCUCAGCAGGUCUGGAUCGAUACAGAACGAGAGCUCCUCAACGAGCUCCGCUCGCUCGACCAAUCCGGAUUCAACGAAGCGGAUCGGACGGACUUCGAUCUACUCCAAUACGAACUGAGCGUGAAUCAGCAGCGAGCGAAGUACAAGAGCUUUCAGACCCCGAUCACCUCGAUCGGAGGUCCUCAGAUCUGGCUCCCACAAAUGGGAUCACGACUCCCGAUGAGCACGCAGGCGCACAAGGAGAUGUACCUCACGCGGCUCAAGCGCGUCGAUAUCCAGAUCGGGGAUCACAUCGACAACAUGCGUGCAGGGAUUCAAUCAGGACGCGUCCCGCCGAGAGUGGUGGUUGAGCCAGCCGUGCAACAAGCACUUGCACAAUGCAGCGCCGAGAUCCGCAACAAUCCAGCACAGUCGCCGUUCUAUGGACCCUUCGCGAGUAUCGAACAAGAAAGUGAACUCGCGAUCGAAGCACGAGCGGUCAUCACGGAUCGCAUCGUGCCGGUCUUCAUGGAACUUGCGUUGUUUCUUCAGAACGAAUACAUCCCGGCAUGCCGAGAGUCCUUCGGUGCCAGUGAUGGGAUCGACGGCAUCGAGGGGUACAACUCCGCGCUCGCGAUGCACACGACCAUCCCGACGAUCACCGCAGAGUCGAUCCAUAACAUCGGUUUAGGUGAGGUCGAACGGAUCAAACGCGAGAUGAUGCAAGUCAUCAGCCAGACCGAUUGGAUCGCCGAUCCAAACCACGGCGGUUUCCUCGAUACCACUCCGGAGCAUCUCUUCUCAGUGUUUACCAACUACCUCCGGACAGAUCCACGCUUCUAUCACACCGAUCCGGAUGAACUGCUUGAGGAGUAUCAAGCGAUUGCCAAACGCGUGGAUCCCGGAAUGUCCGAGUUGUUCUAUCGACUCCCGCGUUUGUCCUAUGGCGUCAAACGACUCCCUGAGUACCAAGAGGCAAACGCGCCCACGGCGUAUUACUACCCCGGGAAUCUCCAAUCGGGAGUUCCAGGUUACUUCAUGGCCAACUGCUCGAAGCUUGACCAGCGGCCUCGCUAUGAGAUGAUCGCGCUGACAAUGCAUGAAGCGGUGCCGGGACACCAUCAUCAGUAUGCACUUGUCGAUGAGAUCGAGAACCAGCACCCGAUUCGGCAGACGAUGGGAUUCACGGCGUUCGGAGAGGGAUGGGCACUAUAUGCCGAAGCACUUGGGCUCGAGAUGGGUGACAAGUCCACCAAUGGACUCUACAGCGAUCCAUACGACAACUUCGGUCGGCUCAACAUGGAGAUGUGGAGAGCGUUGCGAUUGGUUGUGGACACCGGACUGCACGCGAAGGGAUGGACUCGUCAGCAAGCGAUCGACUACAUGAUCGAGAACAGCGCCUUGGCGCCCCACAACAUCGAAUCGGAGGUUGAUCGAUACAUCGGUUGGCCAGGACAAGCGACGGGUUACAUGAUCGGACUACUGACGAUCAAGGGACUGCGCCAAUACGCGGAGCGUGAACUCGGGGAUGCAUUUGAUCUGCGUGCAUUCCAUGAUGAGAUUCUCAAAGACGGCUCGAUCCCAUUGCCAUUGCUCGAAAAACAAAUCACCCGCUGGGUAAUGUCCCAGCGGGCUGAUGUGAUGCCUUGA